AUGGCUUCUACGUCUAAUAUUCAGAAUGUAGCUGCUAGUGCAGUCCUCAAUAGCUAUGAGUCGAAUGAUGUGGCGUAUGAAAUUACGGCUACAACCUUUAAAAAGACCUCACGUCUCCCUUUCAAUGAUCCAUAUCCUGAUGGCACUCCUUUUAUAUGGUUCAGAUCAUGGAAUCAUGAGCGUAUCACCAAUGAAGCUAAAGCUUUAGAGCUAGUUUCUCAGCAAACAACAAUUCCUGUGCCGAAAUUACUUGCGCAUGGAGAGCAUCCAGACGGCCGACGAUAUCUGAUCACAGAGUUUAUUGAAGGCGUAACCCUAAACAAAAUUCUAACCCAAAGCUGCUCAAGGCUGGAGGAUCAGAAACAUACAGAUCAUACUCCAUGCAAGGCAUGUUCAGAUCAAGCUUACUCGAAUGCGCUUGAGUUUAUCAGGGAUAUCGUUUUACCACAGCUUGCGAAUUUAAGAUCUCGAGAAAGAGGUAUUGAUGGAUUUGUUAUGCCCCCCUCUUGGCUUAGCCCUGAUGCUGAACCUCCAUGGAAAGGCAAAAAAUCUUGGAAGACUCUCCCUUUAAAGGAACCAAAUUAUAUUUUUCAACACGGCGAUAUCGCAGCUCACAACAUUAUCAUAGAUCCACAAACUCUUCAAGUCAAGUCCUUGAUUGAUUGGGAGUAUGCUGGCUACUUCCCACCAGGGAUGGAAAGAUGGCCUGGAACACUGGACUUAGCUGCUUACAGAAAGCGUGCUAAUAACCUAGCCCAGGUAAUAGCAGAAUUUCUUCCAGAGGAAUACCUAGAAUGCUAUGAGAACUGGCGCAAUAAAGAAGAAUUACAAAUGUUGAUUGAAUCUGGGGAGCUUCCACAUCCUAGUCAACUACACAGAGAAGAGGUGAAGAAUUAA